AAAUAUUGCUAAACCAAACAGACCUUAAGGUGCAUUUUCACAUCAAGUUUCAAUGCGUAUUCGCUCGAUUUUUUAACUGUCGAGCGCUACCGCCUCUUCACGCGGAUUCAGCAGCAUCGGGCGCGUUCUGUGACAUAGCUGUAUGGGGGCGCGAUCAGUAUUUUCCUACGGUGCGAAUCCAAAAUGUCAGACAUCGAUAAAUGGAUAGAAAUUGCAAAAGAAUGCAAAUACUUGCCCGAGAAUGAUCUCAAGAAAUUGUGUGACAUGGUAUGUGAUCUGUUACUGGAAGAGUCCAAUAUUCAACCUGUGUCCACUCCGGUGACAGUGUGCGGCGAUAUCCAUGGUCAAUUUUACGAUUUAGAAGAACUAUUUCGCAACGGCGGUCCUGUGCCGGAUACGAAUUACAUAUUCUUGGGAGAUUUUGUUGAUCGGGGUUACUAUAGUUUAGAAACAUUCACUCGUCUACUCACACUCAAAGCUAAGUGGUCCGACAGGAUAACGCUACUUCGCGGAAAUCACGAAUCUAGACAAAUCACACAUGUUUAUGGAUUUUAUGAUGAAUGCCAAAACAAGUAUGGUAAUGCUAAUGCAUGGAAGUACUGUUGUAGGGUAUUUGACUUGCUCACAGUUGCUGCCUUAAUUGAUGAACAGGUUCUUUGUGUACAUGGUGGAUUAUCCCCAGCUAUUAGAACACUAGAUCAAAUUAGAACGAUUGAAAGGAAUCAAGAGAUUCCUCACAAAGGUGCUUUCUGUGAUUUGGUCUGGUCUGAUCCAGAGGAUGUAGAAACAUGGACAGUGAGUCCACGUGGUGCAGGCUGGUUGUUUGGCAGUAAAGUGACUUACAUGUUUAUGGAAGUAAAUGAUCUUAAACUCAUCUGUAGGGCGCACCAACUAGUUCAGGAAGGUUAUAGGUACAUGUUUAAUGACAAACUCGUCACAGUGUGGUCAGCUCCAAAUUAUUGUUAUCGAUGCGGUAACAUAGCUAGUAUCAUGCAGUUUACAACAGUGGAUCAGAGGACACCCGUGCUGUUCCAGGCAGUGCCUGAUUCCGAGAGAGUAAUCCCACCUCUUACACCCACUCCGUACUUUUUGUGAUCUAACUUAGUGGCUCAUCUGUACGGAUGUAGGAGAGAAGUGUCUGUGUCUAGACUCUACGGAAUCACAUGACUCGAUUAACUGGACCCAGGCUGGUACCAUGACGGAACCAUAAAUUCGCAUGAAUAUAUCACCAACCGAUUAUACAUAUUGCUCUAGAAUUUUAAUUCUCUUCAAAAAAAGGAAAAAAAAAGAAAAUUGUUUGAUGCGUUCUAUGUGAUCGAAAUGCGAUACUUAGAGGACUGAAUUGUCAUGUGAUUACUCUUGUUCAGGGAAUGUUCUUUAGAUUUUUUAAGAACUUUAUCAGGUUUUACAUGUUGUAAAGCUAACUUUUAUAUAUAUACAUAGUAUCUGCCAUUGCAUCAGCCUGAUUUUUUGUAGUUCGAGGAAAGAAAAAAAAACGAUAUUUUGAAUCAGAGCAAAUGUAAACAUUCUGUGGUCUAGACGCUUUUGCUGUCUACUGUGUACAUUCUGUAGAGCAUUCAUAUCUCAGAGCAGCAUCCUGGACUUUCAAUAUUUAAAGGGCUAAGAGCUUUUAAAUAAUUUAUGAAUGCAAAUAUCACAAAUAGUCCAGUGCUGUGUGUGAAACGAUUAAAUAAAAAAGGAAAAAAAAAAA